GUCAAACAACAAAGGCAGCCCCCGACAGUCAGGUGGCUACUGCUGCAGGGGAUGCAUGGGGUUGAAUGGAGCAGAGAUGCUCCCUGUACCCGGGGCUAUCUGUGACAAACCGACCAAAUGCAGCAUAGCAGCCCCCUCCCCUUUAUACAAUAACCCCAAAGCCAUCGCCAAUGAAUAUUAACAGUUGAACUGGGCGUUUCCACUCAUGCUGAGAAAAUAUUUGUUUUUCCAAUUUACGACGGACUGGAAGAAGAUGCAAAGAAGGCAUAGUAGUAAUACAGAUAACGUUCCACCGGAGAGAUUAAGAAGUCAGACAGUUGGUUCAGAGACCAGCGUGGAUGAGAAUGGUGUUUUUGAAGGGCUCAAACCUGAAAGCCCAUCACCUCAGCAGAUGUUUGCUGGUUUGACUGGUCUUCAGGCAGGGCCGAUAAGUGCAGCUUCAUUCCAAUCUGGUCUAGUAUUGGGAUCCUCACUCGGUGCCUCAGUUGGAACUGGAGACGUGUUUAUUCAGAUGACCCCGCAGGAGGAAGGAGCCAUUCGCACAGAGAACAUGCAGUACCAUCACCGCCACAGGCAUCACCAUUAUCACCACAGCCACCACCGCUCCUCCCUGUUACAUGUUUCUGGUGAUCGCCAUGGCAAUGUGGAAGAUGGUAGUGAUGAGCCUGGAACGCCGGCCCCAGCACUGUCUGAGCUCAAAGCUGCCAUUGCAUGGCUUCAGAAGGGGCUUCCUUUUAUCUUGAUAUUACUGGCAAAAGUUUGCUUUCAGCAUAAGCUUGGGAUUGCUGUAUGCAUUGGAAUGGCUAGUACUUUUGCUUAUGCAAAUUUAACAGUGAAGCACCAAGUUUCUUUGAGAGAGAAAAGAUCAGUACUUACAGCCCUGUGGAUAUUGGUAUUCCUCAUAGGGAACACGGUGUUUUUGUAUUAUACUUUCAGCACCCAAGAGCUCUAUAAAAGUUUGAUAUUUCUGAAGACUAGUGUGGAAAGCAUGGAUUUCUUUGAUUUACUUUGGAUUGCAGGAAUCACAGACUUUGUCCUGAAAUACAUCACAAUUGGUUUCAAGUGUUUGGUCCUUAUUCUGCCCAGAAUUAUCUUAGCUUUCAAGACAAGGGGAUCUCUGUACCUUCUGAUAGAGGAAGUGAGCCAGUUACUGAGGUCUUUGAUUCCUAUCCAGCUGUGGUACAAGUGCAUCAUGGAAGGAGAAUCGACUAAUAGCUAUUUAUUGGAAGGAACCCUCAUUGUUCUGUAUAGUCUUUGCAAGUUCUUGGAUGUCUGUGGUCGAAUCGGUGGUUUGCGAAAGGCCUUGAAGAUCUUGUGUAAAUCACAGAGCUGCGGCGUGCGUGCGACCAGCCAGCAGUGCAGCGAAGCUGGGGAGAUCUGCCCGAUCUGCCAGGCAGAAUUUCGAGAACCUGUGAUGCUGGUUUGCCAGCACGUCUUCUGCGACGAAUGCGCCUGCCUGUGGUUCGACCGGGAGAGGAGCUGUCCAUUGUGCCGAACCUCUGUCACCGAAACCGUGCGCUGUUGGAAGGACGGGACCACGUCGGCGCACUUCCAGGUGUACUAAACCCCGAGUGAGAUCCAUGGUCGCCGCUCGCCGCCGACAACACUGAAAUCUUCAGCAGCCCUGGGGAGAUGCGUGGAUUUGUCUGCGCGAUAGCUGAAAUGGAGCUUAAUAUUAAGCGAAGAGCCUGCUUCUAACAUCUUCAAAUCGAUGCAUAGAUAUCUCGAGUCAUUCGCUGCUUUCUACAUUUAUGGUUUAAACAAUCAUUUUAAAGAACCAAUGGAAAUAUUUAUUCGUGCAUUUCAAUAUUAACCUUCACCUUGCAGUUGAAUGUUCCAUUAAACAUGUUUGGUCCCCAUUUGA